AAUGAAAGGAUAAAAAAUUAAGAUGAAGUUAAAGUUAGAAUGUGUUGAAAAUUUAUUAAACAUAACUUAUCAGUGUCAGUAGGAUAUGCAUAUCGAAAGCUUCUAAAUUAAUUUUGAUAAAAAUAGCUGGCGAAGAGGAAAUCUGAUAACCAUAAUAUGAUUACGAGAAUUCAUAGAUAGUAGCGUAAUAAAUAGUUUGUACGAUAAGGUCAUGUGUUUGGUGCGAAGUAGCUAUAUAAAAUCGACCCCCUACGCCUCAGCUGAACCUGCACAUGCGCACGGUAGCUGCCUCUGUACACACAACAAUAUCUGACGUGGCCGCCAGUUGUGUUCCGCUAGAAAUUUUUGUAAAACAACACAAUUACAGAUCACAUAUCAAUGUAAGUUUAACAUUUAAACAAUCGUAAUACGCGAAUUGCUAUACACAAACCCGAAACCAUUUCAAAACAAACAAGUGCUUUCCAAUGUAAACAUGGGUGAGCGUAAGAUAUUACUUUUCAUAUUCUUCGUUAUAUUUUAUUGCCUGUACAAUGUUAACAUGUGGUUUAUGACAAACAAUAUGAAUGAGGUAAAGACAACGGCGGCGGGUUCAAACGAAGAGACUGUGCCUGGUUUAAAAUCGAACAACAUUCAGGCCAAAGUGGUAAAAACAAAACCGUUCCCUUUAUUUAUUAAAGAUUCUUGCAACGCUUUAGAAGUCUUUACUCGAAAACCGCUGCCGCUAGCAAAAAAACCUAAAGCCAGAGUUAUGUACAGCGAAGACAAUACUAUCACAGUGAUAGGAAUAACGGUAUUUCUAGUUGUAUUGGUGUUGAAUGCUCUGUUGGAUAUACUGAAAGUAAAAGAAGAAGAAAAGGCUAGAUUAAAGCUGAACCCAAAUGGUGAAAGAAGACAAUCGCUUGCAGAAUUUGCAAAUAAAAAAGUAUUAAGACGGGAGUCGAGUAAAUUUGGAAUUCAAUUGUUUCCAUUGGCUGAGUCUACGGUAAGCUCUGAUGAAGAAACAAAGAGGCGAAAAGAGAGUAGACCUUAUAUGAGAGGAGAAUCAAUUAAUUCAUAUCUUAGUGAGAAAACCAAUAAAAGUGAUAACUCAGCGCCGGCGUCGAUCGGAGAGACUUCGACUGACAUAAAACAUGCUAAGAGGCAAUCGGUUGCUAAAUUGAUUGAUAAUAAGCUAGAAUGGCUACCACAAAAACCCGUAUACAAUUAUUAUCAUUGCGAAUUCAGAUUUUGGCGAAACUCCAGUUUGAAAUUUAUACCUUAUUCGCUUUGGUAUCAUAUGUUCAGAGAACAACAGACGAGAAGUCUUAGUAUUGGAUGUUUAGGUUUUCCAAGACGUGAUGAUCAGCAUGACAAAAAUUGCGGCCAACCGAAGGAUUUUACGAAAACUAACUUUGAAAUCAAAUUUCCAUCGAAUUAUUUGAAUAUUUUAAAUAAAAACUUCGCUUCACCACCCAGUUUAUUAGAACUUUGCAAGCGAACGUUUUAUAAAAUGCUUACUGACGUCACGACUAAACUAAACGGACACCAAAGCCUUAUUCAUUCUGAAACCAACAACAAGGAGUUUAAUAAUAAUAUUACCGAUCUGUAUCAUCACUUUAAAGAUUUUAAUAUAAACAAUAGCGACAUUUAUUAUAAUAAUUCCAAUGAAGGUGAAUCAAAUGCUUAUACUCGAAAGAAAGAAGCUGAAAGUUUUUUUAUUAAUAGAAAAGGCUAUUGCACGCCUUCUGACAUUAUAGAAAAUGAAUUUUAUUAUUUACCAAGAUUUAUAAAAGAAGAUUUAUGCAACGGGCCCAUAUCGAGAUGUGAAAAUGUGAAUUGCAAAAAAUCCAUUUUUGACUAUGUCUACUUUGAAUUCUGUUUAGAAAAAAUUAUUCUCAUCGAAAACACGGAAGAGGUUGUUCUCAGUGCUGCGUUAUGUUCGAAAACUUGUGCAGAAAAAUGGAGAAUGGGAAAAGCUGUUAUUAAUUGGACAUAAACAAAAAAAAAAUAAAAAUUCAUUUUUAAUUUUGAA